UGGAUAUAAGCCCAUAGAAGAGGGAUGAUGACUAUCAGUGUCUUCGCGCUCUUCACGCGAAUACGAAGACGGGGCAUAAACGCGAAGACAACAUGUUCAAGAUCUCGAGUAUUCUCGUUGCGAGCUGCGUGGCAUGGAGCGGCGCAAUCCUCAUCGGUCACAACGGCGAUCACGGCAAUUAUUAUCCCGAAUACGCCGGUUACGAUGGUUUUGCAUCGGCGAACGAAUUCCUGAGUCACCACGUUUUACCGACUGUCGCUGUGCCGGUGCACUCGGUAUCGGCCUCGCCGUACCACGCAGACGCCGCGAUCGGUCACGAGCUCCAUCACGCCCAUGCGCUCGAGGAACAUCACGAUCAUCAUGAGCACCACGCCGGCGGUGACGAUCACGAUUAUUACUCUCAUCCCAAAUACACCUUCAAUUAUGGAGUGCACGAUCCUCACACCGGCGAUGUGAAGACGCAGCACGAAGUCCGCGACGGUGACGUCGUACACGGUUCCUACAGCGUGAACGAGCCCGACGGAAGUGUGAGGAUAGUCGAGUACACGGCCGACGAUCACAACGGUUUCAACGCCGUUGUGAAAAAAGUGGGACCAGCGGUGCAUCCGCCGCCGGUACCGAUCGCCAAGUACGUUCAUCAGUCGCCGGAGUAUUACGGAUACGAGUUCGACAAGCAUCAUUAUGCUUAAUAAAAAAAAGUAGUAAAAUUGGAGAUGAGAAAUAGAAAAAAGCGGAAAUACUUUAAGUUGGGAAAAGUCAACGAAAUUUUUUCGUCGAUCGAAUCAAUUCUUUUUUUUUUUUUUUUUGGUUUUUUUUCACGAACUUAUUGAGUGUACGAAUCGCCCUCUUGGCCUGAUCGUGCCCUCGGACUCGUUUCAAACAAUGUGAAACUCGAGUACUCGACACGUCACGCAAAAUUUCUCGAUCGAACGAGCGCUCGGUAGAAUAAUCGCCUUGAAAUACUUCACGGUUUUGAGAGAGCUCGAAAUGAAACAAUCGCACGGAUAACGGGAAUGCAAAGAAACGUCGAAACCGUCCAACAACAUUUUAUUGAAACGAAGACAAACAAGAGAGCCUGGGGACGAAGAGAAUCAUUUCGUGACGCUGUAAUUUGUAUUUUUAUAUUAAAUUAUAAGAAUAUGAGAACGGA